AUGCGAUUUUCAACUCUCAUCCCCCUUCUCCUCGCGGCAGGUGUCGCCAAUGCCCAGUUUGGUGGACAAGGCAACAAUGGUGGACAAGGCAACAAUGGUGGACAAGGCAACAAUGGUGGACAAGGCGGCCAGAAUAACGGACAAAACAACGGCCAGAACAAUGGUCAGAACAAUGGCAACAACAACAACAACGGUGGAAACAACAACAACAAUGGCGGCAACAACAACAACCAACUCUGCCUCAACCCCGACAACGUUCAGGAUGCCAGUAAAUCUAAUGGACUUGGAGGCCAAGCAGAGGACGGACAGGCUCCUUCCAACACCGAUAAUGCCAACUUCAUCAACUUCUGUCAAGGCAAGACUAAGACCAACGGUCUUCAGGUCCGUGAGGGUUCUUGUAACGGCAUUAUCUACGGAGAUAUCCCUUCUGUCAAUAACAUGAUCUCCACUGUCUUUGUCAACCCCAAGAAUGGCGACACUAUUCAAGCCAACCAGGCAAUCACCUUCGCCGUCAAGACCAACAACCUGGUGGCUGGCUCGUUUACCAACCCCGACAACACCUACUACGCAGCUCCCCAAACUCUCCAGGGCGGAAACAUUGUUGGCCACACGCACAUCACUGUCCAGGACCUGAAUGGCAACAUCAACGGCGAGAAUCCACCUAACCCACAGACGUUUGCUUUCUUCAAGGGUGUUAACACCGCUGCCAACGGCCAGGGUCAACUUACUGCCGACCUUGCCGAUGGUCUUCCUGAUGGUGUCUACCGUGCCUGCACUCUUACCUCUUCCAGCAACCACGCACCUGUUAUCAUGCCCGUUGCCCAGCGUGGUCCCCAGGAUGACUGUGUAAGAUUCACUGUUGGCGGCAAUAACAAUAACAACGGCGGCAACAACAACAACAACAACGGUCAGAACAACGGACAAAACAACGGACAGAACAACGGACAGAACAACGGCCAGAACAACGGCCAGAACAAUGGACAAAACAACGGUCAGAACAACGGCCAAGGCCAAGGUGGACAGGGCGGUCAAGGUGGCUUCGGUGGACGUCGUGGCCGCGGUCGUGGACGUUUCUCCCGCCGUCACUACAUCGCAUAA